AUGUCUGCAAUCUUCGAUCUGACAAUAAAAAAAACCAAUUCCAUUCAAAAACUAGCGUUGGAUAACGCAGUGGUUACAAUCAACUUUAUUGAAGACAAGCUUUCCGAUUCUGCUGCCAACCAAGAAUUAAGACAGAUGGCCCCAUCUGUCUUGUCUGCGUUACAAGGGCCAGAGUAUAAGACAGGUAAUCCAAAAUAUUAG